AUGGCGGAUACCAGCCUUGGUUUUGUGGCUGCAAGCCCAUCCCUGCCUGCUGCCAUCAAGGCACCUCGACCUAGGCAGAGCGCAAAGCCCGAAUGCCAUCGAUGUUCCUCCUCUAGCAUCGUGCUGGGAGCUGCAGCAAGCCUUUGUGUUGCGACGGGUCGUCGUCAAGACAGGCGGAGGGCCUGCACUGUGCCCAGACUGGCAGAACUGGGGAGCAGGGACACGCCAUCCCCUCACGACCUUCUACUGCGCGUGGCAAGGGGUGAGACGGGAGAUCACACGCCUGUGUGGCUUAUGCGGCAAGCAGGGCGCUACAUGAAAGCUUUCCGCAACUACUCGGAGAGGUAUCCCUUCAGGCAGCGCUCAGAGACCCCAGACAUGGCCAUUGAGCUGUCUCUCCAGUGCUGGAGGCAGUAUGGCAUGGACGGAGUAAUUGUCUUCUCGGACAUUCUGACUCCUCUGCCAGCCAUGGGAAUCAACUUCGAUGUCGUACGUGGCAGGGGGCCCAUCGUCCUUGGCGACCUCGCUCGCACUCUGGAGGAUCGUCUGCAAGAUGGCCCCAGCCAGAUCAGGGAAGUCACUGGCCACGAGGGCUUCAAAGAAAGUCAUGGCUUUCUACGCGAAACUCUCCAGGCGCUGCGGUCGGAAACGGAAGAGAAGUGCAGCUUGCUAGGUUUUGUUGGGGCCCCAUGGACCCUGGCUGCCUAUGCCGUUGAGGCGGGCAGUACCAAAGAGGCUGCCGUGUUCAAGAAGUGGAUGUUCAGCAAGCCUGAGGUCGUGGAUGAGUUCCUGCGCCGUAUGACGGUGACCAUCAGCAACUAUGCCAUCUACCAGGUGAAAAGCGGCGCGCAGUGCAUACAGAUUUUUGAGUCGUGGGCCCACUGCCUGACACCUGAGCUUUGGAGACGGUUUGCUGCACCUUGCGUGCAGCAGGUUGUGGCGACACUGCGAAAGGAGUGUCCGGGUGUGCCGAUCAUCUACUUUGCCAAUGGCGGUUCCUCGUAUCUGAGGGACCAGGUUGAGGCACUGCAGGGCCAGAUAGAUGUGCUCGGUGUUGAUGGGCACAUGCGACUGGAUGAGGCUGCGAAGAUAGUAGAUGGCACAGGGCUCGUUCUGCAGGGCAACGUGGAUCCCUAUGUCUUGCGGUAUGGCAGUGAGUCAGAAGUGCGACAGGCAGUUCGAGACUCGAUUGACGCUGUCGGCGGGCCGGGAAGGCAUAUUCUGAAUCUUGGGCACGGAGUCCUUCAGGGAACACCUGAGGAGAACGUUCUUUUCUUCGUAGAGGAGGCUCAGCGAUACCAGGGCACAUCUGAAGAGUACACAUCUGAGAAGGAGUUGCUAGCUGCGUAG